AUGUCACCCCAAUCUAGGCCUGCGCCCGUCAAGAUCAAAAGGGAAGCCGAAAUACAAGCUCUUGAGAACUUGCAAAAGAAGCCACCGGAUCAGAGGGUGAAAAUCUACGUAGGAAAGAACAAUGCAGAGAUUGAAGUGGGCCUCGAAGAUCUCGGCAAAUCACCAAUACUGAAGGCUUUGAUCAGCAAACUCGGCGCGCCGGGUCCAUACAUCAUGCAUCCGAAAUUGACGACGGUCAAUGCAGACCAUUUUCAAUCGGUCCGCGAGUUUCUACUUACCGACGAAUACAUGCCCGCACUUGUCAACAACCCUCAUGGAGAGGACGUGCUUCCUAAACAACUAGACGGUUGCACGUCUGUUGACCACUACGAAAAUGAAGCGCUCAGGGGGGCACAUUUGUAUGUUCUUGCGGAGAAGCUUGAGAUGAGGACGCUGCAGGCCCUCGUCUUUCGGAAGAUCACGCAGGCGCAAUUCCACAAGUACGGCAUCAAAUGUCUUCUUGACUUGGCUAUGGUGAUGUUCUCGCGACCCCAGGAGAGCGACAUGAAUGGAAAAGGCAGGUGCAAGCGUGACGACGACGACAACAACUUUGACGAAGGGGAUGCGCUGGAGAAUUGGCUCGUCGAAGCGUUGAAGAACCAGUUUCAGGCGACCAUGAUCCAUCACGCUCGGCAAUUCUUUCGUGUUGCGAAUCACGGCGCUUGUAAGAAGCGAGGAUUUGGGGUCAGGGUUCUCAGAAGCAAAGUUGAUGACUGGGAAGCACUAGGCCCAGAUUUCAUCGCAAGUGAAGACGAUGACUGA